GGUUCGUGGCUGGAGGAGGGGAAAAGGCAAAAACACAUUUUUCAAUUUAUUUUAUUCAAAAUUAGUAUAUUCGGUAAAAAUAAAUCAGCAAUGUCAAGACAGCAGAAAUCCAAUAUGAGAAAAAGAGCCGCAAAGACCACGUAUGAACGUACAGCAUUAUCAGAGCAAGAUGAAAGAGAUGGAAAAAAGAAGAAAAGGGAUAUAGGAGACCUGAAAAGUGAAAUUUCAUUUGAUGAUCACAAAUUAUCUGUGGAUGAACUUCAUCGUAAAUACGGAACAGACCUGGCUCAGGGCUUGACAAGAGCUCGUGCUUCAGAGAUUUUGGCUCGGGAUGGCAAAAAUACCUUGACCCCUCCUCCCACCACUCCAGAAUGGGUAAAGUUCUGUAAGACCCUGUUUGGUGGUUUUGCUCUUUUGCUAUGGAUUGGCUUCAUUCUCUGCAUAAUAGCUUAUGGAAUUCAGAGGGCAACAGGAGAUGAAUCUGCAAAUGACAACUUGUAUCUUGGUAUCGCCUUGGCAUCUGUAGUCUUCAUCACCAGCUGCUUUUCAUACUACCAAGAAGCCAAAAGUUCAAAGAUAAUGGAUUCCUUCAAAAAUAUGGUUCCCCAGCAAGCACUUGUGAUCAGAGAUGGUGAAAAGAUGUCCAUCAAUGCAGAAGAUGUCGUUCUUGGGGAUUUAGUAGAAAUUAAAGGUGGAGACAGAAUCCCUGCAGAUCUUAGAAUCAUUUCAGCCCAUAGCUGUAAGGUGGACAAUUCUUCACUUACUGGUGAAUCUGAGCCUCAGUUAAGAUCACCUGACUUCUCUCAUGAAAAUCCACUGGAAAGCACGAACAUUGCCUUCUUCUCAACCAAUUGUCUAGAAGGUACUGCUCAUGGCAUUGUUAUUCAUACUGGAGAUCAAACUGUAAUGGGUCGUAUUGCCACAUUGGUUUCUGGUCUGGAAGCUGGAGACACACCAAUUGCAAUUGAAAUUAAACAUUUUAUCCAUAUUAUCACUGGGAUGGCCCUAGUGUUUGGAGUCACAUUUUUUAUUCUUUCUAUGAUCAUUGGGUACACCUGGCUAGAGGCUGCCAUUUUCCUCAUUGGAAUCAUUGUCGCUAUUGUUCCAGAAGGUCUUCUUGCUACUGUGACAGUCUGUCUGACACUGACUGCAAAGCGCAUGGCCAGAAAGAAUUGUCUGGUUAAGAACCUGGAAGCUGUUGAGACCCUUGGUUCUACCUCCACCAUCUGUUCUGAUAAAACAGGAACCCUGACACAGAACUGCAUGACUGUGGCCCACAUGUGGUUUGAUAAUGAGAUCCAUGAAGCUGACACAACAGAGGAUCAGAGUGGCACUUCUUUCAACAAGAGUUCAUCUACUUGGGCAGCCUUGGCUCGAAUUGCUGGUCUCUGCAAUCAUGCUGUCUUUCAACUUGGACAAGAUACAAUACUUAUCCAAAGGCGAGAGGUCGUAGGUGAUGCCUCUGAAUCUGCCCUUCUGAAAUUUACCGAGGCAAGUUUUGGAUCCGUGAAAGAGAUGAGAGAGAAAAAUCCUAAAGUUCUGGAAAUUCCAUUCAACUCAACCAAUAAAUACCAGCUGUCAAUCCAUAAAAAUGCUAACAAAGAAGAAUCUAAAUACCUGCUGGUAAUGAAAGGUGCACCUGAGAGGAUUCUAGACCGCUGUUCUACUAUUCUGAGUCAAGGCAAAGAGCAGGCUCUUGAUGAUGAAAUCAAAGAAGCCUUCCAAAAUGCAUAUAUUGAUCUAGGAGGGCUGGGAGAGAGAGUACUGGGUUUCUGUCAUCUUGUCCUGCCCAGUGACAAGUACCCAGAAGGCUACCAGUUUGACGUGGAUACUUUAAACUUCCCCUUAGAAGGACUUUGUUUUGUAGGCCUGAUUUCCAUGAUUGACCCACCCCGGGCAAGUGUACCCGAUGCUGUGGCAAAAUGCAGAAGUGCUGGAAUUAAGGUUAUUAUGGUAACAGGUGACCAUCCAAUUACAGCCAAAGCAAUUGCAAAAGGAGUUGGAAUUAUUUCAGAGGGUACAGAAACAGUGGAAGACAUUGCAGCACGUUUGAAUGUUCCUGUUGAAGAGAUUGACCCAAGAGAAGCGAAGGCCUGUGUCAUCCAUGGCUCUGAUCUCAAAAACAUGAGCAGUGAAGAGUUGGACGACAUCCUACAUUACCAUACUGAGAUUGUCUUUGCAAGAACCUCUCCUCAGCAGAAACUGAUCAUUGUAGAAGGAUGCCAGAGACAGGGAGCUAUUGUGGCUGUUACUGGAGAUGGCGUAAAUGACUCUCCUGCCCUGAAAAAAGCAGAUAUUGGUGUAGCUAUGGGCAUUUCCGGAUCAGAUGUAUCCAAACAGGCUGCUGACAUGAUAUUACUGGAUGACAACUUUGCUUCCAUUGUAACUGGUGUGGAGGAAGGGCGUUUGAUCUUUGAUAACCUGAAGAAAUCUAUUGCCUACACACUGACCAGUAAAAUCCCAGUGAUCACACCCUUCCUGCUUUUUGUCAUCAUAGAGAUCCCCCUGGCACUGGGUGUUGUUACUAUCCUCUGCAUUGACCUUGGCACUGACCUGAUUCCUGCAAUCUCUCUGGCUUAUGAACAAGCUGAAAGUGACAUCAUGAAACGACAACCCAGAGAUUCCAAAGCAGACAGACUGGUGAAUGAAAGGCUGAUCAGUAUGGCAUAUGGACAAAUUGGUAUGAUCCAGGCCAUUGCAGGAUUUUUCACAUAUUUUGUAGUUAUGGUUCAGAAUGGCUUUGCACCUUUGGAUCUUUUAGGAAUUCGGAUUAAGUGGGAUGACAGAUGGACUAAUGAUCUGGAGGAUAGUUAUGGACAGCAGUGGACAUAUGAACAGAGGAAAGUUCUGGAGUUUACGUGUCAUACAUCCUUUUUCAUCAGUAUUGUAGUUGUACAGUGGGCUGACUUGAUAAUCUGCAAAACAAGAAGAAAUUCCAUCUUCCAGCAGGGAAUGAAGAACAAGGUUCUGAUCUUCGGUUUCUUUGAAGAAACUGCUCUAGCUGCCUUCCUGUCUUACUGUCCUGGAAUGGAUAUUGGCCUUAGGAUGUACCCUGUUAAACCAAGCUGGUGGUUUUGUGCCUUCCCUUAUGCGCUGCUCAUCUUUCUUUAUGAUGAAGUUAGAAGAUAUAUUCUACGGCACCACCCAGGAGGCUGGGUUGAAAAAGAGACAUACUACUGAAACUUUUCAUCAGAUGUAUUCAGCAUCCUUCUUGUAUAAAUAUGGUAUUCUAAACUUCGAUGCGGAACUACAAAGUCUACGGAAGUACAUGUUGAAAUACAAGUAACUUAAAACAAUUUAUCAAACUCUGCUACCUCUGGCACAAAUCCCAGACAAAGAGCACUUCAAGUCUCAAUUUUUCUGAUGUUUCAGAUGUAUGUGCUUGCAUGUCACACAUUUAUGUGUUUACACAGGAAACUGAGCAUUAAAGCGAGGCUUUCACUGAAAUGUUCUGCAAAUGCAUUUUAACCCACAUAGACUGUAUAAAAAUUAUCAAGGAAAUAAAUUAAGUAUGAAUCAACAGCUAACAUUUUAUGCAAUAUAAAGUUAUUUCUUUUUGACCAUGUAAACUUAUCAAAAUAAUGCAUUCUGAACACUGUUCGGUUUCUAUUUAUAUCUCAAAUGCAUGAAUAUUAUGUCAGAAUAUGUCCAAGAGGUCUUCUAAGACUGAAAUAGAAUGUCUGUUUAACAACAGACUUAGUAGUUAUCAGUGUAUGUUGUCACUGUAUAGACCACAAGGUGAAUAACCAGGGCUAAGGACCAGAUGCUCACUACCAAGCCAAGUUCAUGAACUUUCCCCAUGGUCUCUCACCAUUCAGCUUAUGAAUCUUCACAUUUAUACUUCAGACUGGUUACAGUACAUUACUAUCACAUGUAUGCUUAGCAAAUGUCACAACAUCCUUAGUUUAUAAACCCAGACCUGUACCUAGCCAGUAAAAGGUUUCAUAGUACACACCACUGUAAGGUACAGUUGCUAUGAAAUUCAGUAUAGCUGCAGAAUCACUGUAUAGCUCUUAAGUCAUCUUCCUUUUUAGUGGGUCUCACCUGUCUUAAAUGUUUCAUGUCAUAAUUCUUGUGUAAGGUACAUUUUUAAUGAUCAAAGGCAAUGCAGACCUUUAAAAUGUGGAUUAACCCGUCUACCUUAGUUGAAAAUGUUUUUAUUCACUUUGCAGUGAAUAAAGAAGCUCAAACAUCACAGAAGAAGCCGCUAAACCUGUCAUAAACCAUUGCUUCAGGCUAAUAUAGUUUAACUUUUUCACUCUGAAAUACAGUGUUACUCAUUUUAUUCUAGAUCUGCACUAUCUGCACUUUAAUUUGCACAUUAGGUGCAGAAAUAAGGUGUGCUGUUAUAUAUUUACCAACUCAUCUGAUACUGAUGACAAGAAAAUAUCAAAACUUUAAAACAGUUCUGCAUUCACCUUUGAAAAUUUAGAAGACAGUUUAGGUUUUUUGUUUGUUGAUUUGCACUAAUAAAGUAGCAUGUUUGUCUAUGCUUAUGAAGGAGUUUACAUGUCAAUGUGAACAAAAGAACUGUCUCUGUAAUAACAAAAGCCUUAUUCAGUAGGAAACAAUACAGAAUUAUGGAUUGUGUAUUAAUAGAUACUAGUACAUGAUUCUGAAAGCUUCAAAUGCAUAGGGCUAUUCUCCUAGAGCCCUUAUUAAUUCCUUUAAUUCAUACUCUGUUAUUUUUAGAAUAGUUACAGAUCAGGUUGAAUUAUAUUUCUUUAGAAGAAACAUUUCAAAAUAGCAUCAUAACUUAAAUAUUUAACCUGCAUGAACUGAUUUUCCUAUUAUGCAAAAUGGAUUGUCAUCCUGUUUUCUGUCAAUACAUGAACUUCAUGAAAUUGAUGAUGUUAACAUUUAGAAAUAAUCAAUAAAGUUUAGCACAUUAUGAGGUAAAAUACUCAGUCUACAAAUUUUUCAAAAUGGCAGUAAGAGUGUGUGAUAGAACAAGGAACAAUCAGAAACACUGAAACACAUAUCUAUUUCAUUUGUAUUAGGGAGAACAACAAACCAAUCCCCACAAAAGAAAGGGAGAAAAUAUGGUAUGAAUGUUUCACUCAUGGUAAGCAAUGUAAGGAAAAGGUGUUAUCACUGGGAAUUCAUAAAUGGCCAUAUCUAGAUUGUAGACCUUCGGUGGAAUGAAUGCGGCCAAUUGUAUCGAAUUAACGUUGCACUAAACAAAUUAUGCCACACCCACCAUGGCAUCUCAGAAAUAACAAGGACAUUAGGAUGUGGUUUCAGAUGCAUCAUUUACCAUACACCUCAGAAUUGAUAAAAAUAACAGGCUGUGGUUGUGAAUGAUCCGACUAUUGUACCCUAGAAUUGCUGAAGAUAAUAGGAUGUGGUAGUGAAUGCCAUAACUAACAUGGCACCUCAUAAAUGAUGAAGACAACUGAAUAUAGUUGUGGAUCAAGUUAUCCAAUUAUUUCUAGGCUGCUUCAUAAAGAGCACUUCAGUCACGUAUUUUGGGUAAAAUGUUAUCUUUGCAAAUGUACUUCAUGAAAAUCCAAGUUUGUACAAACAUUAAUUUAAUAAACUGAUAGCUGG